CAGAGAUCAUGUGGAAAAUUCGCAAGGUAAGGGGAGACUCACAGUCCGAACGUCAUCAUUGCCAAGCAAGCCGAACCGAUGCUUGAAUUAGCGCUGCCGUUCUCGUUUGGGGUACUGCCCUUGUCGCUCUGCAUCAUAUUCAGUGCUGUAUGUUAUGCAUGUCUGAAAUUGACAAGACGCGAUCAGCGCUAUAUCGCUGGUAUACCAAUCGUUGGUGGGCAGAGUCAGAAUGAGAUUAGACAGAGCCGCCUCAGGUUCGUCUCUGAGGCUAAGAACAUGCUUCAAGAGGGAUACUCAAAGGCACGUUUUGUUUCUUUCAAUUGAACUCCGGACAAAUGAGACAAACAGGGCAGACAGCUGACCAAUCUCGCGACAAAGUGUGAUGAUCACUUGUUCUAUGUUCCCACGAAGCUGGGUGAACGGUUGAUGUUGCCCGUAAGGUAUUUGGAGGACCUCAAAACUGCGCCUAUCCAGGAUGUGGACUUUGUUGGUACUUUUAUUGAGAUGUUUGAGGGUAAGUACACCACGUUCGGCAGCAGGUCUACGUUACAUCCUCGUGUGGUCAGAACCUCGCUCAAUGCGAAUGUUGAAAAGAUAAUGCCCGACAUACAUGCAGAGGUCAGAGACGCUUUUGAAGCAAUCUGGCCUGACUCGGAAGACUGGACGGCUGUACCAGUUGUUGAUUGUAUCACUAGAAUCGUGGCUCGAGUUUCAGGGCGCAUGUUUGGCGGUCCAGAGCUCAGUCGUAACGAUGAGUGGGUGAUGACUAGUAUCAGAUUCGCUCUUAAUGGGUUCGCGGCAGCACAGAAGCUGAAGUUGUGGCCGGAAGUCUUGAAGCCCUUCGCCGCUCCCUUCAUCUCAGAAUUGAAGGCGAUCAGAGAAGAUUACCGAAGUGCGGAGAAGGCGGCUCUGCCUAUACUGGAACAAAGGAAGACAUCGAACAAGAAGGCAAAUGAUUUGCUGACAUGGAUGGCAGAGAAUGCAAGAGGAGAAGAAGCUGAGCUGAAAUUCGUCUCGCAUAUUCUGCUCAAGGUCAGCUUUGCAGCAAUACACACGAGUGCCGCCGCUCCGUGUCAGCUCAUAUUUGAUCUUUGCCAGUAUUCGCAGUAUGUCGAUGUACUCAGAGACGAAAUACGGAAGAACACAACCAUCGAAGAUCACCAAACUCUGCCAAAAGUUGGCAACCUGAUCAAGCUUGACAGUAUCAUGAAGGAAAGCCAAAGGAUCAACCCUCUGCUACUCAUCACUUUUGAGCGUAUCAUAACACGCGAUUAUGCUCUGAAAGAUGGUCUGGUGAUCCCAGCACAUACAACUAUCGGUAUGCCCACCCAAGCCAUCAACAUGGAUCCAGAGCACUAUUACGAGCCCGACAAAUUUGAUGGCCUGCGAUUCUACAACCUGAAAGUUGCUGGAACUAGUGCAAGUAAGACCGACUAUGUGGCUAGCAAUGGCGCCAGUCUCAAUUUUGGCUAUGGUCGUCAUGCUUGCCCUGGGCGUUGGUUUGCAGCCAACGAAAUCAAGUCUAUCAUGGCAUAUCUACUUCUAAAUUACGACAUCAAAUUCGCAGAUGGACAAAGUAGACCGGAGAACCUGCAGGUCGAAACGCAGAAUCUCCCGAACCCUACCGCCACGGUACUUAGUCGGAGGAUUCGCCGAUCCUAGUGCUAGUCAUUACUCCGGUCUUUUGAAUGCUGUAUAGAAGUCCACGUCUUGAUUCAAUCCUGAAUGAAUGGAUCAUUUACCACCAUUUAGCUCCGGUUUCGUUCGGGAGCUGUAUCUCCUCUAGGCAUUGCGUGAUGGACAACUAUCAGAAAUGAUAGCUCAAAAUCAUAAUCAACGAGACUUCUUCG